AUGAUCACCAUAUACCUUCUGGGGAUACUAUUUCUAGGGUCCAUAGGAUGGUACCUCAUGAGACUCCUAAAGCUAGCAAAACUACCACCACUCCCUCCAGGACCAAAACCUCUUCCUCUCAUCGGAAACGUUCUCGAUAUGCCACCCCACGGGUGCAAGGAAUGGCUACACUGGCUAAAACACAAAGAUGAAUACGGCCCCAUAAGCUCCGUGACCGCGGCAGGAAACACAAUCAUCAUCCUAAACGAAGCUCGAAUGGCAUUCGACCUGUUUGAAAAAAGAGGCUCACAGUACUCUGCACGACCGAGGAUGGUUAUGGGUGCCGAGCUAGGAGGAUGGAACCGCCUGGUAACGAUGAAGAGCAACCCGAUCGAGGUGCGAGCUCAUCGCAAGCGCAUCAACCAUCACAUUGGCUCGACUCAGGCGUUAGCCUCCUUCUAUCCUCAGCAGGAUUCCCAAAUCAAUCAGUUUCUGUUGAGCGUGCUUGCCAAGCCCAGUGACCUCCUGGAGCUGGUUCGAAGCCUGGUCGGAGCCAACAUUUUGCAAAUCACCUACGGAUACAAGGUGAAGCCCGCUGGACACGAUUGUCUCAUUGAACUAGCUGAAGCAAUAGGGGAGAGGUUCAACAAGGCGAUUGAGCCGGGCCUUUGGCUCGUUGACAGCUUCCCUUUCCUGAAACACGUCCCAAAAUGGAUGCCAGGAGCAGAGUUCAAACGUAAAGCCGAGGCAUGGCGCAAGCUGCUGACCGCGCUAGCCGAGAAGCCAUACGCGUUCGUGAGGCACCAAAUGGCGGCUGGAACCCACAAACCGUCAUUCGUGUCGAAGCAGAUUGAACAGGCAGGGGGAGUCAUGAGUCCCCAGGAGGAGCACGAGAUCAUCUGGACUGCCGGGGUUCUCUACGGUGCCGGUGCUGAUACGACUGUAUCAGCAAUCUCGGCCUUUUUCCUGGCCAUGGCGUUGCAUCCCGAGGCUCAACGCAAAGCCCAAACGGAGCUUGACCGCGUCGUCGGAUGCAGGAUGCCUGCGCCGGAAGACAGAAAGAAUCUAGUCUAUAUCGAGGCUGUGAUCAAGGAGGUCCUGCGGUGGAACCCGGUUGCGCCUGUCGGUGUUCCACAUACGACCACGGAGGAUGAUUUCUACGAGGGCUACAGGAUUCCCCAGGGCGCGACCCUGAUUCCCAAUAUCUGGGCUUUCAUGCAUGAUCCUCAAACGUACCCCGAUCCAAUGGCGUUCAAGCCUGAAAGGUUCCUGGAAUGUGACGGCCAUGCACCCGAGCUCGACCCGCAUAAGAUGGCGUUCGGAUUCGGCCGUCGAACAUGUCCGGGUCGCUUUCUAGCUGAUUCAAAUCUCUAUCUCACAAUCGCUCGAUCGCUUAUUCUCUUCCACAUCCGCAAACCAGUUGUGAACGGGCAGGUGAUGGAGCCACCCGAGGACUUCCAGCCGGGAAUCGUCAGUCAGCCCACGCCUUUUGAACUUGAUAUUCGACCGCGCUCGGCGGAGCAUGAAUCGCUUCUUCUCUCCAGCUCAGAACAGGCAAAGUCGGAGGGUCAUUCGGCGUUGUUGGAGAAGAUUUGGAGCAUGCAGUAA